AGCUUCCCAAAUCCCUAGGCCAGAUCGACAUGGCAACCACGCCGCCGGCGCCGCCGCCGGCGCCGGACUGGGCCGGGCUCCCUGACGAUGCUCUCCUUACAGUGUUCAAGCGGCUGGGCGCGUCCGAGGUGCUCAUGGGCACCGCCGUCGUGUGCCGCAACUGGCUCCGCGUCGCCACCGGCGAGCCCGACCUCUGGCGCCGCGUGGACCUCUCCGACUGCUUCGACCCCACCAUCGACAUGGUAGCCAUGGCGCGCGCUGCCGUCGACCGCGCCCACGGCUGCCUCGAGCAUUUCAGCGCCGAUUGUUUCGUCAACGACGCGCUGCUCCUCUACAUCGCCAAGAGAACUAAGGGCUUGAAAAGCCUUCGGCUAGUUAACUGCAUGAAGGUCUCAGACAAAGGCUUGGUUGCUGUGGGCAAGAGAUCCCCACAUCUUGAGGAACUAGAGCUUACUACCUGCUCCAUCAAAAUUUCAAUGAAGGCUGUUGGCCAAGCACUCCCGCAGUUGAAGCGCCUGCGGCUGAACAAGCGAUGGGUCAAUAUUCCAUGUGAAGAAUCUUUUGACAACCACCAAGCCUUGGACAUAGCCAGCAGCAUGCGUGAGCUACGUCACCUUCAACUCUUCGCCAACCGGCUACACAGCAAUGCACUUGCUGCCAUCCUCGACAACUGCCACCACCUUGAGUCCCUUGAUCUGCGUCAGUGCUUCAACGUCCACAUCGAUGCAGAACUGCGAGCGAAGUGUGCAAGGCUUAAAGACGUGAAGCUACCCAAGGACUCAGCCAGUGACUAUGAGCACGAGUCAUACAUCGAGACACUCUCACUGAAUACCCUCCCGCUUCUUUUCCCCAACUAUGGUGCCCAAGGAUCUAGUGACGAGGACGAUGAGGAAGAUGACUUGGACGCACAUCUUGGUCAUUUGGCUGAAUGACCGGUGAUUACAUGUGCAUGGGCUGGUCAUCCAUGACAGGCUUGUCGAGAAGUUCACAAUGAUUAUCAGCCGUCCUGUUUGUGGCAUCUCCAUUGUAUCUCUUCCAUCAUAAGACCUUUCUACGUUGGAGAAUUUUGCUCGUGUUGUCUUCUCCUUUGUAUGUAGCUUAUAUUUUGGAUUCCUAAAAGAGCACCUGAGCUUGCACCUAAACUAAAUGUGGUCGGCCUGAUCUUCUGUUU